AUUAGCAUAGCUACUAGCUUGUUUCGAUUGAUGGUAAAUAAAAUACUGACAUUGAGAACGCUACCUUAGGUAAUGUGUAGGGUUUUUUUUUCAUGUGACUUCAAACGUAAGUUGUUGUUGUUGUUUUUAAAGACGCUCGCUGAGUAACUACAGCGAGAGGGUGUAAGUAAGUUGUUGCACUGCUUAACAUGAGAGUUAACGGCUUAACAAUGCUCGUUUCAGUGUUAGCUGUUAAACUGCGCAGUGUCAUGUUUUCGAUGAAACUACAAAAGCUCCAUAAGCUUUCGUUAUAGAAACUACUUAAAAUGUCUGCCACGUAGCUAAUUCAGCUAUCCAUCAAAUAUCAUCUACAUGACUGGAUCCGAAGUGUUUUGGAGUCCUGUCUCGGAAGUGAAAGCUAGCGAGCGAUAACGUCACACCAGUCGCUACGUAUUUACCACCGUGUAACGACACGCUGCACACAGCAAAAUAUCAGUCAGUUGUUAGCCAUCUUUGAGCAGGUCAUCCCUCAUCAUGUCUGCGGUCCAGACAUCUGUGGUGAGUGGAGAACACGGUCUCCUCCGCGGACAGCCGGCGAAGUCUUACGGCAGCUUGGUGACCUCGUCUGUGUCACCAGUCCGACAAAAACUAGUCCAACACAAAGUCCAACCGGGAGAAACUUUACAAGGAUUGUCCCUAAAAUACGGCGUGUCUAUGGAGCAAAUCAAAAGGGCGAACAGACUGUACACCAACGAUUCAAUAUUCCUGAAGAAGUUCCUCUCCAUCCCUGUCUUAACAGAGUCUCUGUCAUUCACUAAUGAGAACGAAUUGCGUGAAGAGAAAUCAAGUCAUCAGUAUCAACAGGUCCCUGUUGAGAACGGCCAAAUAGUCUCAGAAAGUCAACAAGUGACUGCUGAUAUUUCUCCAUCAGACUAUUUGAAAAGGAUGGAUAGCUUGAUUAAUCGGUCGAAACGAGCAGCCAUAAAGACUUGUCAAGAAGGAAACAAGCAGUUUUCUUCCACAGAACAGGUCCGGUACAACAGUCAGGACUCCUGCAGCUCUUCUCAGGGUCAGCAGGCCAUGUUGGGCUCUGUGCCACUCACCAUCACCAAACGUACAAAGAAAGUGAGGGACAGAGAGGAUGAGAUUUUUCAGCUCUGAUGCUGGCUUUUUUUUUUUUUUUAACAGAACUGCCUGAUUAGUGUAAAGUGUUUACGUGCAUAGGAGUAAAUGAAAAGUACGGAUGUUGGAUUGAUUUCACUGAAACAAAAAGGACUGCUGAUUUCUUCCGAUUGCAAGAACUGUGAUAACUCGAUGAAUGAUGUGUUGUGGAAUUGAUGUGCACUCCCACCUGACUGGGUGUGCUAAUAUGGCAUCAGGUCAUGUGCCAUGGUGACAUCCUAGCCUAAUUUUUUACUGAGCACAAACGAGCACUGGUUAUGUCUUUGGGUUAAGCUGCAUAGUUGACACAUUAACAUUUGCUGAAAACGGAUCAGCAAUGUGGUUCAAAUCAGAAUUUGAAAAUAUAAGCUAUAUACUUGACCUGCAGAACAAAUUCAAUGUCUAAGCCAAGUUUAAAAUAAUCUCUCAUGGGCACUUUAUAAAUUUACCUUGAUUUCUUAAGCAGUCGUAUGAUUUUGUUCUCAUGUUGAAUGUGAUACUGCAUAUUUUGUUUUGUUCAGGUAGAUGCUACACUGUCAGGGUGUUAUUUCACUAAGCAGGAUGGCUCAGUUAGACAAGUUUAAGCCAAAAGAAAAGCAGUCUGUAGCAUUCCCGGCUCAUUAAGUAAUCCUCUCUGAAACACCAUCUUAAUGUCAUCUUAAUUAGUGACGUCACCAAACAUCGCCUAGAUGCGAGAAUCCUGCCUUCUUAGUCACUGUGAGUCAGCACUGAUUGCUUGGUUGUAUGGACUGGUUUCUAUGUUUGUCAUUUAAAAAAAAAACGUACUUUAUAUAAUAAUGCCUGGUAUUUAGUGGUCAUAUAGGUUUGAACAGGAUGUAGCCUUUCUUUAUAUAUGUAGACAGUAGUUAAGACUGAUCAUGAACAGCAGUGCCAACUGCCCAAGUGUAAUCAGUGUACUGUUUGUAUUAGGAGUGUAACACAGUGGCCCAUCUCUACCUGUUUAUCCAUAUCUGUAUUUGGACUUAAACUCGAAAUGGGUAUGGCCUAAUCUCAAAGGUGCUUUUUUAAUUCUUGCUAUUAUUUUAUAAAUUAUAUAGGAACCCUAUUACAGUCCCAUCGGAAACAUUUGAAAAAUCCCAGAGCUAGAAAUGCCAGCACUGUCUGUGAACUCUAGCUCUGACACUUCCUCAUAUGACUUAAGAGAUGUUGUUUGACUGUUUUGAAUCCAGUUUGCACAGUUAUUGUUUUACUAUUUCUGUUUAUACCUGCCCACAAUAUUUUCAAACAAAUUUAGUUGGUUCUGUUUUCCAAAAUAUAACCAAAUUAGUAGCCUAAUUUAAACCAUUUUGACCCUGACUGGAUGAUUACUAAGGACUGUGGCAUGUUCAUGUUCAUGAAUGUGGUUUUAUUUGAGCUUCACGUCUGACUGCUUGCUCAUACCACAAAAAAACUUCCGCAUGAAUGACUUUUUUGGUUGCAUUCUACUGGAUGCUGAUGCACACCUCUAAUUUCAAUAUUUCAAGAGCACUGUGAACCUUUCUGGCAAAACAAAACAGACAGAAUAGUGUGCCUCUGAAUUUGUAUCCAUUAAGAACACAUUAUCUAAUCAAACAAUGGAGUCGUAUUCAUUUACAUCUCUAGUUUAUACUAUUCAAGCUGAUGACCCACUGACUGUCAGUGGGAAUUGCUUAAUCUUCAUUGUUUGUGGUAUGGGCAUAUUGCAUACAAUGCACAAAUGUGAACAACAUGUAUAACACAGGUACAGCAGAAGGACUGAGGAAGAAUAAAUCCUGUGUUGUAUACAAAUGUGUUAAUGUGUCUAUUUUGUUUGUGUGUAUAAUUUGUGAUCUAAUAUCUCAAUGAGAAAUAAUAAGGCGCAUGGCAACUAAAUUGAAUUUCCUUUUCUUAAUAGUUAGAUUCUUUUAGGACUAAAUUUGUAUUUGUAGCCUAAACAAACAAACUAUAAAAGCACAAGGUUUAUUUGCAACCAGGAUUCACUCAUACAACCGUAUGCAUGCCCAGAAAUGAAAAUCCAUGAGCAGUUUAAAAUUUUCUGUAGAAACGUGUAAAAUAUAUA